GAAUGCUGCCCCUCAGAAACUCACUUCAUCGCCCCUCGUGGAGGCGUCUCACGAGGCGGGAAGCUGCUGGAAAUCUACCGACAUGAAAGCACGGUACAAAAAUUCAUCCAGACGGCUUGCAAAGCCGAUGUCCUCGAUCAACCUUGUCACUACAUAAAAAACGAAUAUCAGCAUGCGUCGCGAUGUGCGCAAAAGUUCAGCUACGUGUACGCCUUUGUGAGAGACUUUAACGUGUCGGAGCGCUUCCGGCUUGACUACAUCCGGGUUAAAUCCUCUUGCUCGUGUGAGCUCGACUUGAGCUUGCUCGAUAAUUGA